UACUACUACUACUUCUACCACUACCACCUCCAUCACUGCAUCAUUAUUCACCUUGCCUUGUGUUAACUUAUCUUCCCUGGGUCAAGCUGUCAUUGUCUCCCGUUUCGACCAAGCCCGUCAUUAUCCUGGAGGCCGGGAUCCACGCCAGAGAGUGGAUCACCCCCGCUGUAAUGUUGUGGUUCAUGGAGAAGUUGUUGAGGGAUUACGCGGCCAACAAAAGGGGAGCCGUGCGGAUGUUAAACAAGUUUGACUGGUACCUGGUACCUGUUCUAAACCCGGACGGGUACGAGUACACACACUCAACGUACCGAUUCUGGAGAAAGAACCGGCGCCAAGUUAGAAGUGAUUGCUACGGCGUCGACUUGAACAGGAACUUUGACUCGGCUUUCGCAAUCAGCUCCAACUGCAACAGCGAAAUAUACCCGGGCAUCGCAGCCUUCUCUGAGCCAGAGACGGCCAACGUGCGGGAGCUCUUCAACAGUCUAUACAAUCGUCUGGCCGGCUACGUUUCCGUACACUCCUACUCACAGGUAAUGACCAAGCUAAUGACACAAGCCAUUUCCCAAAGACACGGGAAGGUCUACACACACGGAACUGCCUAUCAGGUGCUUAAUUAUGCCGCUUCUGGAAGUUCCGUUGACUGGGUAAUGGCGCGCAAGCCAAAUCUGUACUCUCUGGCAUUUGAGCUUAGACCUAAAAAUGAAAGAGAGGGUGGAUUCAUCCUGCAAGCUUCUGAGAUCGUUCCUACAGGGGAGGAGUUGUACGACAGUCUAGCAGUUCUUGCCAAGGAAAUACGGAGUUAA